AUGGCUGGAGGAAUUAAUUGCUUCCUGCUGCUCACAAGGGAGACCUUGAUUGUGCUCCUAGCUUCCAGUGUUGGCCCCUGGCCAGAGUCAACUCUUACUCUUUGUCAGCCUCACAGCCUUGCAACGGCUGCUUCAAAAAAUAAAGUUAAAGGUAGCCAAGGGCAGUUUCCAUUAACGCAGAAUGUAACUGUUGUUGAAGGCGGAACUGCAAUUUUGACCUGCAGAGUUGAUCAAAAUGAUAACACCUCCCUCCAGUGGUCAAAUCCAGCUCAACAAACUCUGUACUUUGAUGACAAGAAAGCUCUAAGGGACAAUAGAAUUGAGCUGGUCCGGGCUUCCUGGCAUGAAUUGAGCAUCAGUGUCAGCGAUGUGUCUCUCUCUGAUGAAGGGCAGUACACCUGUUCUUUAUUUACAAUGCCUGUCAAAACUUCCAAGGCCUAUCUCACUGUCUUGGGUGUUCCUGAGAAGCCUCAAAUUAGUGGAUUUUCAUCACCUGUUAUGGAGGGCGACCUGAUGCAGCUGACUUGUAAAACAUCUGGUAGUAAACCUGCAGCUGAUAUAAGAUGGUUCAAAAAUGACAAAGAGAUUAAAGAUGUAAAGUAUUUGAAAGAAGAGGAUGCGAACCGCAAGACAUUCACUGUUAGCAGCACGCUGGAUUUCCGAGUGGAUCGGAGCGACGAUGGAGUGGCGGUGAUCUGCCGGGUUGACCAUGAAUCCCUCAAUGCCACCCCUCAGGUUGCUAUGCAGGUGCUAGAAAUACAUUAUACACCAUCCGUCAAGAUUAUACCAUCCACUCCUUUUCCACAAGAAGGGCAGCCUUUAAUUUUGACUUGUGAGUCUAAAGGAAAACCACUGCCAGAGCCUGUUUUGUGGACAAAGGAUGGAGGAGAAUUACCAGAUCCUGACCGAAUGGUUGUGAGUGGUAGGGAGCUCAACAUUCUGUUCCUGAACAAAACUGAUAAUGGUACAUACCGAUGUGAAGCCACGAACACCAUUGGGCAAAGCAGUGCAGAGUAUGUUCUCAUUGUGCAUGAUGUUCCCAACACUUUGCUUUCCACUACUAUCAUCCCCUCUCUUACCACUGCAACAGUCACAACCACUGUAGCCAUAACAACCAGCCCUACCACAUCUGCACCAAGCAGCAGCAUAAGAGAUCCCAAUGCUCUGGCUGGCCAGACUGGUCCCGACCAUGCCCUUAUAGGAGGAAUAGUGGCUGUGGUUGUAUUUGUCACACUGUGCUCCAUAUUUCUGCUUGGGCGGUAUCUGGCGAGACAUAAAGGAACCUACUUAACAAAUGAAGCAAAAGGAGCUGAAGAUGCCCCAGAUGCUGACACAGCCAUUAUCAAUGCGGAGGGCAGCCAAGUCAAUGCCGAAGAGAAAAAAGAAUAUUUCAUUUAAAUCCAGGCAACGAUUCUGAGUUUUCCGGCCCAGGCUGCCUGCUGGAGAAAACUGGCUCUCAUCUUUCAGAAUUCAUUUCUACCAUCUUCUGCUACUUUUAUUAACUUUCAUGCUGUACUGCUCUCAGUAGCCAGUGUUACACCAACAAUCAGCUGUCGAAAGCAUCAUCCUUUAAUUACUGUACCAUCCCUAAUGCAGGACAUUUCUUACUCCCUAAAUUUCACACCAUUGCUCAUUUAACAUACAGUGCUUGAAUAUACAGCCUUAACAAUGUUAAUCAUCUCCUUGGAUCAUGAUAUUGAGUUGUUUUGAUUCUUUGGAAAAAUGUAUGCAGAUUUUUGUCUUCCCCUUUCAGUCACAGACAUUAUCGAUUUGCCAUUGUGCAACUUUCACAGGUAACAGGAUUAGGUGAAGACCUAAUGUGCUUAAAUUUAAUCGAAGACUAGAGGUUUACAAACAAUGUUUUCUACAUGUCUCUCUUCAAAGACAACAUGUUUUGGAAACAUAUGCCCUAGAAACACAAACUGAAAAUACUGUAGUGUAGUUUCUGUAAUGUUUGAGAUUAUACUGGUAAAACUGUAUCGGUUUGCUAUUUAAAAAAUUAGUAUUUGAUACAGGAGCCAUGUGUGUGGACUGCGAUCAUGACAUGAUAUCUUAUAUAACUCUAUAGAUCCUACCAUUAGGUUGUAGCUUCAUUUACCAAUAAAUUGUUCCAAAUACUUUACUGCUUUGGGAAUCACAAAGAUUUCAUUCAUUCUCUGAUUUGAUUUUAUAAUUUAUUUUUUCCACAAGAACUCACUUGCCUAAACACAACUAAACUAUCCAUAGGGCACAAUUUUGAGACAUUUUAGUAUCUGUAUAUAGUGCAUAUAAUAAAUCCAAUUAAACAUUAUUUGAUACAUAUUUAACUUUUUUGGCUGUAGGUACUUCAGUCAUAAGUAAGCAUUUUCUAACUUCCAUUAUAUCCCUUUAGAUAUUACUUAACCAAUAUUAUAAGUAGAUAACAUGUAUUAGUAUUUUUGUCUGUAUGUCCUAGCACUGUUCAACAACAGAUUUUUCUAGUUCCUGUUAAUUUUUAUUUGUUACACAAUGGAAGCACAAUGUUCUAAGGAAAGGUAAUUUUAAGCUAACAACCAGUGCACAGCCUCAGGUUUUAAAUUACAACCACAGUUGAAUAGUAACGAAAAUAAACUCUUAGUUUGCUAAAAAAUUUGCAGAUUUUAAUUUGGCAGUUCCAGAGCUGCUUACUCAUUUUGGUUUGCCAAAAAGAAGUGUUGAAGAUAUGUUUUCUGUACAAAUGAACUAAUUCUUUAUAUUAAA